AUGGCAGACGCCACUCUCUAUGCGAUCAUCGUCUCUUUGCUCUCUCUAAUUAUUCUCCACUCCUUCCUAAGAAGAAAACCCAAGAAUCUCCCGCCAGGCCCUCCUUCUCUCCCCAUCAUUGGCCACCUCCAUCUCUUGAAAUUCCCCUUACAUAGGACCCUCUACAACCUCUCUAACGAGCAUGGCCCGAUCAUGUCUCUCUGGUUCGGGGUCCGCCACAUCAUGGUCGUGUCGUCGCUGCCGCUGGCCGAGGAGUGCUUCACAAAGAACGACAUCGUGCUCGCCAACCGCCCCAAGGACGAGGCUGAACGGCUGAUGCUCCGGUUGGCAAGGAAUGGGUUCCGGGACUUCCACCGGGUCGAACUGAAGACCCUCUUCACGGAACUGACGUUCAAUGUCAUCAUGAGGAUGAUCUCGGGGAAGCGGUACUAUGGGGAAGACGUGAGUGUUGACAAGGCCGAGGCGAGUGAGUUCAGGGAGAUAAUCAAGCAGAUCGUUGAGAAUGGCGGCACGAGUUAUGAGGGUGAUUUCUUGCCCAUAUUGGAUUGGAUCGAUUACAAGGGGUUCAAGAAGAUGAUAGUGCGACUUGGGAAGAGGGCCGAUGCGUUCCUCCAGAACUUAGUCGACGAGCACAGGAGAAGGAAGGGAGAUCCGGAGUUCGCAGACAGUAUGAUCAGUCAUCUGUUGCGUUUGCAAGAGGCUCAGCCGGAGAACUACUCGGACCUGAUGAUCAAAGCGCUCGUCCUUGUUAUGCUAGGAGCAGGAACAGAUACAACAUCUGUUAUGUUAGAAUGGGUCAUGACCAAUUUACUGAAUAACCCAGACAAGUUGAAGAAGGCCCAAGAUGAGAUCGAUUCCAUUAUCGGCCACGAUCGUUUGAUGGAGGAACCGGAUGUUUCAAAGUUAUCGUACCUUCAAUGCAUCAUCUUCGAGACCUUUCGCCUCAGCACAACAGUCCCACUUCUCGUUCCCCACGAGUCAUCAGCUGAAUGCACCAUAGGAGAAUACACUGUACCACGUGGCACUAUAGUAUUGGUUAAUGCAUGGGCAAUUCAUAGAGAUCCGGAGCUAUGGGAGGACCCCAAGACCUUCGAGCCUGAGCGAUUCGAAGGUGGCAAUGGCGAAGAGCAUCAAAAGCUAGUUCUGCCAUUCGGGCUAGGACGGAGAGCAUGCCCCGGCGCACCCCUAGCUCAGAGGGUCAUGGGGUUAACGUUGGGCUUGUUGCUUCAAUGCUUUGAUUGGAAAAGAGUGAGCAAAGAGGAGAUUGACAUGACUGAAGGCAAUGGACUCACCAUGCCAAAAGUGGUGCCGUUGGAAUUAAUGUGCAAAGUACGCCCUCCCAUGGAGAAUCUCAUCCCUAAAGAUUAA